GAGAAGACCGUGCACCAUGGAAGGUGAGAAGCAGGCUGGCCUCUGACUCUUCGGCAGGAUAUAGUCUGGUGUUCACUCUCUUUGCUUCAACCUUGCUGUAACAUUACAUUCCAGACCUGGACAGCCCUGGUUUGAAGUCCAGGGCUCAGUGGAUCAAAAGCCUUUCCUUCAGUAUGACAGUGACAGCAACAAGGUCAAACCUUGGGGUUUCCUGGGGGAGACAGUAAAUGCCACCAAAGCAUGGACAGAAUUGACCCAGAUGCUCAGAGAAGUGGGGCAAGAGCUCAGGAUGAUUCUGCCUGUCAUCACACCAGAGAACAACAGGAGCAAGGGUCCUCCCACCCUGCAGGCCAAGACGUGCUGUCAGCGUGAGGCAGAAGGAUGCACUGGUGCGUUCUGGCAGUUCAGCUUCAACAGAAAGGCUGCGCUUCUCUUUGACACGAUGAACAUGAACUGGACAGUCAUUGAUCCUGAAGCCAGAGGGAUCAAGGAGGACUGGAAGGACAACAGGGAACUGGUGGAGUAUUUCAGAAAGAUGUCGGUGGGAGAUUGCUCUCACUCUCUUGGAGAAUUCUUAGAACACUGGGAAAAAAUGCCGGAGCCCACAGUGCCAUCAUCAAAGGCCCCAGAUACCCAACAGUCUUCACUCAUCCAGUUAAUUGUAUGGAUCUUCCCAGUAAUCAUCUACUCAGUCCUAAUUGACAUCAUGAAACUUAGGAGGAGACCAGGCACCUUGGAAGGGACCAUGAGAAGGUGACGACGUCAAAUCACCCCUUAAUGGCAAACACUGACACUUGAUGACAGUCUGGCUGCCAAUCUAA